UUGUUAAACUUUUGUAAUUUAUAAUUAGCUCGUAACUAUUAACAGGUUCUUCUCUUUGCUGAGGAUAGAAAGAGUCAAGAAUAGCUGCAGCUGUUUUUAGCUAGUGGUACUGGUCAUUUUCUUCCUAAUAAUGUGCACAAUCCUUCUGCUGACUUAUAUUGUACCACGACCUCCUAUGAAAAAGUUGUGAUUGUACGUAUUUCUUAAAUAGGCAACUGACAACUUCCGUCGUAAUUGAUAGCUUGCAAAGAAGUGUAAAGAUCAACCAUACUUGACGUCACCUAUGACCUUAACCUGAACCCAAUAUAAAGCAAAGCUCCCUCACCAUACAUGCGAAAUAUCGCGUUUUAGGAUUUUUUGCUUCUUUUGUUGACACUCUAUACAAUAACUAGUAUUGUUGCUAACCUCGAAACUUACGAAGAAAUUAUCCCUGAACCAAAGAAUAGCGACCAGUACUAAAAAAAAAUACGCUGCUGAAGUUGCGUCAUGUUUGUUUACAAUUGUGUCGUCUGCAAGUGUGAAACUCUAUAUUGUUUUCCCUCUUGAGUUCAUUAGUAUUGUUGGCACGUGUUAUUUGGGUUUCGUAUUUGUAUGCCAAACAGAGUAGGCAUUAGAAUUAGCCUUGCGCUUCGGAAGCGAAGCUGCAGAUGUACGGUAUCAUUAAUUUCGUUUUUUUCUAGACGCGUGUGAUUUGAUAACAAGAACGUUACAUAAAGAUCGAAAUGCGUGCAUAUGCAAAGACUUUUCUCAGGUUUAGGUCGCUGGACUGAUGCAGUUGUUCGAGUGGCUUUUUAACUUUUUGCAUAUUUGUAUUUUAUUUGCAAUGCGUUCGAAUGAAGAUUGCAUUGAUGUGGAAACUCCACCAGGUGUGCCACUCAGCGCUCAGUAUAUGAGGAGUUUUGCGUAUGCAACAGUGAAGGAUCGGCUACCCGUUAUAUUGACCCAGGUCAUUGAUCAUUUAGUGCGAGACAAGGAAGAAAUCAUUAAAGAACAUGGAGAGGUAGCAAGAGAAGAGCUAAAAACCGUCAUUGGUGCAUUUUCACAGUUGAAGAAUGAAAUUCAGACAAACAAACCACUGACACCACUUAAAUCAAAUAGCUCCGACAUUAAAAUCUGGAAUUCAGUCCUGGAAGAAGAAACAAAAAAUAAAAAACACAAGUGGUUCAAUAGUGACUGGCUAUUUUCAGAAUGCUAUAUGUACAGGAAAGUGAGAGAAAUAUUUGAAUUAAGGUAUCUUGCAUCAGGAAAUGCAUUCAGAGAUCUACAUUACACAUACAAAUGUGGAGGUUCUACAAUCUCAAGCAUAGUAAAGGACACUUGUCAAAAUAUUUGGAAUGUUCUGAAAGAGUCUACAUUUCCGAUGCUUACUGAAGAGGACUGGUUGAAUAUUGCAGAAGGUUUCAAGACAAAUGCAGAUUUUCCAAACUGUAUAGGGGCAAUAGAUGGUCAGGGUCUGAAUCUCUGGGGUAACCGCUUCGACCUAUCUCUGUCAAAAGGUGUUCAAAUUCUCAUAACAGAAAAUCCUCUUACAUAUGCUGAAAACUUCAAAGAUGAUAUCUUAGUAGAUGAUUCUGAUAAAAUAUGGGAAGUUUUAUCUGAAGCUGAUGAGCAGAAUAAACUUGUAGACAUUGUACUGGAUAAUGCAGCUUAUGAGCUGUUCACAGAUUUCUGCCUUGCAGACUACCUGAUCACUGCAUCACUCGCUAGCAAAGUACGCUUUUAUGUGAAGGCUAUGCCAUGGUAUGUUUCAGAUACAGUGGUGAAUGACUUUCACUGGGUUAUAAAAACCUUGAUCCUUCAUGAUUCAAAAAAUGUAUCUGAUUUAGCAUCAAGAUGGAAGAAAUAUUUGGAUAGUGGGAAGUGGGUAAUAGAAGUUAAAGAUUUCUGGACUUUGCCCUAUGGUUACAAUAAGAUGCAAGAAAUACGACCAGAACUGUAUGCACAACUAUCACAAGCUCAGCUAGUUAUUUUUAAAGGAGAUCUUAACUACCGUAAACUUGUUGGAGAUAUUAACUGGCCUCCAACAGAGACAUUUUGCAAUGCACUUCAAGGCUUCAAUCCUACAAAUGUUAUAACAUUACGCACUAUAAAAGCAGAUACAAUAUGUGGUUUGAAACCUGGACAGGCAGAAGACACAGCAGCAAAAAAUGGUGAUUGGCUGAUAACAGGAAAGUAUGCAGUUAUUCAGUUCUGUGGUAAAGCUUGAACUCUUAAUCUGUUUUAUUACUUGUUAACUAUGGUCUUGUCUGUGAUAUGGCUCUGAGAAUUUUUAUAUUCUGUAAGAGCUUUAAUUUUGUAUCUUUUUGGGUACUGGCUGAAUUUAUUUAGUAUAGUAUUCUUGAAUAAAGUAUAUUGAUUCAUGUGA